CAGUCCCUCCUUCUUGUGGGGAAAAAAAGAAAAGUCGAAAAGGCCCUAAAAGUUUGGAGGCUGGAGAUUGUCCACGUUUACACCCUGCUGCAGACGCUGCUUCCCUCCCUCACUCACAUCCGCGCGGUUGGACGAGAAGAACACGACAGUCGGCUGUCUGCACCACCUGCUGUUAAACUUGAUUUAAUCCCUAUUUUUUUUUCCAGUAAAGAUGUUUUCCUGCCGCCUGCUUUCACUCCUUCUCACCACACAUCUAUGCUGCUUCGUGGUCUCAAAUCCCAGUCCUGUGUUGGGGGACGUGGUGGUGGACAGAGUCUUCAUCCCUGCAGAUUGCAGCAGACUAGUCAAAGACGGUGAUUACGUUCGUUAUCACUACAACGCCACGUUUGUCGACGGGAAAACGUUCGACUCCAGCCACCAAAAAGGCGCUGCUAAGGUCGCCCUCAUGGGUGAAGGUCGGCUGAUAGCAGGAAUUGAUAAAGGUCUUCAGGGCAUGUGUGUGAAUGAGCGCAGGACCAUCACCAUCCCACCACAGAUGGCUUAUGGGAGCACUGGCGCAGGUGACGUGGUUCCUCCAGAUGCCACUCUGGUGUUUGACAUUGUUCUGUUGGAUCUGUGGAAUAAGGCCGACCUGGUUGCCACUAAAACCAUCAGCACACCCCAGGACUGCAAGCGAUCUGUGAUGCGCACGGACUUUGUGCGUUACCAUUUCAAUGGCACGCUGCUAGACGGUACCGUCUUUGAAUCCAGCUACAUCAGGAAGCAGACACAGAAUUCAUUGGUGGGCGAGGGGUGGCUGAUCAAGGGCAUGGAUGAGGGCCUUCUGGGCAUGUGUGUGGGAGAGAUCAGAAAUAUUGUCAUCCCACCCUUUAAAGCCUACGGAGAAAAGGGGUCAGGAACAGAGAUCCCGCCCCAGGCGACCCUGGUGUACAAUGUCCUGCUGGUGGACAUCCAUAACCCAAAGGAUAACAUCAGCAUUGAGAACCAGGUAGUGCCUGAGUCCUGCACUCGCAAGUCAGUGGUCGGGGAUUACAUGCGGUACCAUUACAAUGGAACCUUCCUCAACGGAGAAACCUUUGACACCAGCUACCAAAGGAACAGCACAUACAACACCUACAUCGGGAUGGGGUAUGUGAUCGCAGGCAUGGACCAGGGUCUGCUGGGAAUCUGUGUGGGGGAAAGAAGGAGGGUCAUCAUCCCUCCACAUUUGGCAUACGGGGAGCAAGGAGCAGGAAACGUUAUCCCUCCCUCCACUGUACUGGUUUUUGACAUCCUUGUCAUCGACUUCCACAACCCUAACGAUACGGUCAGCGUCCAGAUCGUGCACAGACCUGACGCAUGCAACGACACCGCAGCAGUGAACGACCUCGUCCACUAUCACUACAACUGCAGCCUGAUGGACGGGACCCUGCUCUUCUCCUCACACCACUAUGACAACGACCAGGAAGUUGUGCUGGGGUCAGACAAAGUCAUCGAUGGACUGGAUUUAGGUCUGCAGGGCAUGUGUGCAGGGGAGAGGAGGGUGGUUACUGUGCCACCUCACAUGGGCCAUGGAGAGAAAGGAGCUACUGGUGUGCCGGGCAGCGCAGUGUUGGUUUUUGAGCUAGAGCUGGUGAGUUUACAGAAAGGAGUCCCCCCUGGUUACAUGUUCGUGUGGCUUAAUGACACACCUGAGAACCUGUUUGAAGCCCUGGACACCAACAAGAACAAGGAGGUUCCACUGGAGGAGUUUGGAGAGUUUAUCAAACAGCAGGUGGAAGAUGGGAAAGGUCGCAUAAAACCUGGCCUGACUAUGGAGCAGGUUGUGUCUGACAUGUUCCGAAACCAAGACCGAAACAAGGACGGUGUGAUCACAGAUGAGGAGCUCAAGCUGAAGGUGGAGGAGGACAAGGAGAGGUUGGAGAUGACGCAUGAGGAGCUGUGAUAAGGACUUGUGUUUUUAGCACUCGCUCUCAGGGAACACCAGAAUAUGGGGGAAAAAAACAUUGAGAGACUUUUUCGUCGACAUAAAGGUUUUAUAUUGCACAGGUUUCAAAAUGGCAAGAAAAUGUAAGUUUUGUAUUUGUAGAAAAUCAAACAAGCACCUUUAUUUGUCCCUGAAGUCAUUAAAAUGUUAAUUGGAAAA